AUGACGAAUGCAGCCAAAGCUUUGCUGGAUGCACAUGGCUCCACGCAAGCUGAUCAAUUUGAGGGGCUUUGCCAGCAUCUUAGACACAUAUUCGUCUCGCAAAACAUCCAUUGCCAUAACUUGAAGGAUAGGCAUAAUGAGCUUGUCACUACGAACAUCCGGUUGUGUCAGGAACUGGAAAGUCUGAGCCGACAAUUUGUGAACGAAGAUCUGCUGGUAGCAUUCUAUCGCCAGGCAUUUCAGAAGUUUUGGGACGGUAUAGUUGAGAUCCUGGAGGAGUGUCAGCCACGUCAUGAUUAG